AUAACUACUGAAUUGUUUAUUAUUUUAAACAGGUGUUUCAGAACAUUGUAUGCACAAAAAUCGGUUAAAAGAGCAUGCUGAAAGACGCCACAUUCCACUUCCCACUUAUCAAGCUGUGAAUGUUGGACUGGCCCAUCGCCCACAAUUUAGGUCAGCAGUGUCGAUUGAUGGAAAGAGCUAUAUUUCGGAAAAUCUUUUUCCCAAACUAAAGGCUGCUGAGCAAGAUGUAGCAAGACUUGCUUUAAAGCACAUAACAGAAGGGGUCAAAGAUGAAGGCCUUUCUCUGAUUCUCGAGAGACCAACUUCUUUCAAGUCUAUCUUAAAUCACUAUGCAAAGAAGAUGAACCUUGUAAUUCCUCCAUACGACACGGUUCAACAGGAAGGGGAUGCCGGGUAUUUAUCGUCUUUCAUUUUCAAUGGUAAGCGCCAUGCAGGUGAUCCAGCCAAAAACAAAAAGGACGCCGAGCAAUCCGCAGCUUGUGCUGCUGUUCUUUCAAAUCUGGAAAGCUUCCUUCUUUAAGCAAUUCCAGGUUUGAUGCUUCUUUCUGAGAUAAUGAAGUCAUAAUUCGAAUUCUGUAUCACCCAUAGCAAGACUCUAAACUUCAAAUGUGUCUGUGGAAGCAGUUCAACAACAGCAUAAUAGUUCAGAUUUGGAAAAGAAAAAACAGAGAAGAAGAAGGAGAAAGACUCUAAGGAGAAGUAUCGGAGAAAAGCUCGGUACUUUUAGGCUUCUUGAUACAUGAACUCUGUAUGUUACCAACUUUUUUCUUACAUGGACCCUAUGCUCUCAACUGGGUCUUCUGUAAAGAAAAGUAUUAAUAAAAAUAACAAGGAUUGCAAGAUGAGAGCAACUCAAGGAGGGCAUCGCAUAUUCCAUAUCAAAGGAUAAGACUAGUGUUUCAGAAGUUUGGAUUCAAACAGAU